AUGGCGGAUUCUCCGUCCUCUCCGCUCUCCGCUGGCUGCCCCGGAUCUACGCACAGACCGGCUGCGAACAAGCACGCCGAGGCUGGCUUGGCGGCUCUUCCUCUUCUCUUCCUCACUCGAUACCCGUGUACGACACCCACCGCCAUGUCCUACCCGCAACCCCCUCCCAACGCCUACUACGGUCCGCCCCAGGGAGGCCCUCCCCAAGGCUUCUACGGCCAGGCUCAAACAAUGUACCCGCAGCAGCAGCCCAUGGUCAUCGUGCAGGAGAAGAGGGACGACGACGGAUGCUGCGACGGAUGCUGUGGCGGAUGCUGCAAGUGUUGCGGGGUCUGCUGUGGAGGAUGCUUGGCAUGCUGUGCGCUGGAGGCGCUGUGCGACUGA